AUGUCGACGUUUACACGGCUUAUCGCGGCGACGUCUUCGACGUUUCCACGCCAGUGUCUUACUGGCGGGGUGCUGUUUGCGACGGGCGAUACGAUUGCGCAACAGCUGGUCGAAAAGCGUGGUUCUCGACACGACCUUGCGCGCACGUUUCGAUUGUCACUGUACGGAGGAUGCGUCUUCUCACCGUUGGCAUCCAUCUGGUUCGGUCGAGUGCUCGAGCGCGUUCGCUUCUCGUCCAAGGCGGCCAACAUUGCCACCAAGGUCGCCUUGGAUCAGGCAAUCGCCUCACCCGCUUUUGUAGCUUUGUUCUUCGGAGCCACCACGAUCAUGGAAGGAGGCUCCCCUGACCAAGCCAAGAACAAGAUCAUCCACAACUGGUGGCCUACACUCAAGACCGCCUGGGGAUUAUGGAUCCCGGUGCAAACGUUGAACAUGGCCCUGGUUCCACCAUCCCAGAGACUCCUCUUCGUCAACGUCGUCAGUAUCUUUUGGAAUACCUUCUUGAGCAUCAAAUCUGCCGCUGCAUCCGAUCACGCCGUCAAGCCCAACUUGAACGACGCCGUCGAACUCGUCGAGACAAAGCUAGACAAGUUGCACUAA